CAUCGCCGGGGCUUUUCCAGCUAGCCACACACCAAUGUACCCUUAGUCACCACCUACCAGGGGCAAGGGAGGUGACGUGGCGGGUCAGGGAUGGACGGAGCAGCUUCAACGGAAAUGGGGGCGUCCAUGUCAAGAUCAAUAUGAAUCAAAAAGUUCAGACAAUGAAUGGAUGGUGACGAAGUAUGAGAACUGAAUCGAUACGAUACCCGGUGUCCAGCUUGAGUCUCAAAGUGCAUAUUGGCGUCAAACGAAACUACGACCAUAUUUGAGCAAGAACGAUGACACUGAGCACGAAGUCGUGUCACGCUAAUGAAGGUCGGAAACAAUGCUUCCUACGCCCUCAGGAAGGCACGCUGACGGCCGAUUGUGUCAAUGUCACACAUCAUCAAUCUUGCUUCACUGGGUCCUAUGCGACGCGUAUUUGUCGCCUUUCGAAUGGGUUGAUACUGGCUCGUGCUCCUGAAGUGCAGCCUACCAAGUCCAAGUCAUGUAUCCAGUGGAGAUCAAUGCUAUGUCUCGUAUACCAUGGUCUCACCCACGCCCUCCCACUCGUGCUAGCCAUUGCGUACAUUCGUUGCUUGAACUUCUCGACAGUGGGAUGCGUAUAGUAGCGGACAACGUUAUUAGGUGCAUCUACUGAAUCAACUAAAAGUCA